AGGAUUGUUUUUAAUGUUUGUGAUUGCUUUCUUGUAUUUUGGUCUUUUUCUCAGGGCCUGGGGGGUUUGGAUGGACUACUGGGGGUUGAGGGUAACGAAGGAGAUCCGGGUGAUAUCGGUUUCAGAGGAUCUCCUGGAACACCAGGCAGGCCUGGCAAGAUGGGAACACCUGGACCUCCUGGGGUUAUAGGAAACAUGGGGGAGAGAGGGUCUAAGGGUGCAAUUGGACCAAAAGGAAAACAUGGACCUCCUGGACCAGUUGGCCCAAAGGGUAUUCCAGGACUGAGAGGAGACAAGGGUGAACCUGGAAGUCCUGGCACAAAGGGUCCCCAUGGUGCUAUGGGGAUUCUUGGGCCUACGGGACCACCAGGGCUAAAGGGGAAUCCUGGUUUGCAGGGUCUAAAAGGCCAAGUAGGUCAGAAAGGAAAGCAGGGGGUCACAGGCCCUCGUGGGCCAAGGGGGCAGAAAGGCUUUCUGGGAAACCCUGGCCAUCUUGGAAAGAAGGGACAUAAAGGUGUCCAAGGCAGGAGAGGACCAAAGGGAAUCAAGGGCCAGCCAGGUCCUCCAGGAAAACCAGGUGCACCAGGCUAUCGCAGGCCUGCACAAAAACAAGGAUCAAAGCCUAAGCCAAGACCAGGGCUGAGGGUUGAGCAAAGGCCCAAAACCAGACCCAGGACAAGAUACAGACUGAAAACUGUGCAGAGUUCAAAGCAAACUCCACACCGACUGAAGAAAAGGAAAGGACAACAAAAACCCAGACGAGUGACUAAGAGAUGGACUCAAGAAGAUGAAAGUGAGGAAUAUUUCAGCUGGCCACUUGGCACCAAAGAUGAUCCUGGCACCACCUGUCAUGAGCUGGGGCUCAUACAUCCACAUCUGAGAGAUGGUUAUUUUUACAUGGACCCCAACCAAGGCUGUCCCUAUGAUGCCCUGAAGGUAUUCUGUAACUUCACAGCAGGAGGAUCGACCUGCAUAGACCCUCUACACCCACUGAUUAAUAUGACAUGGGGACCAGAAAUGAAGAAAUCAACAACAUCUUUACACUGGUUUACUCAGCAACACGAUGGAUACAAGUUUGAGUACAUUGGUGUGGAUGUUGUCCAGCUGAGGUUUCUGCGACUGCACAGCCACACAUCUUUCCAGCACAUUACUCUGAGCUGUGCAGCACAUCGCUCCACUACCGCUGCCACGGCUCAUUCAGUCAGUCGGAUUAUCCACUUGCUGGGAGACUGUGGCAGAGAAAUUGAACCACACCUCACCACCGUGUCCAGAAAAGGCUGUGAGGUGGACGUGGUGGUGAGGGUUCGGGGGAGCACAGAGUUGCACCGAGGUGAUAUGGAGUUACUUCCUGUCAGAGAUCUGGCUGUAGAGAUGAGUGCUACAUCCCACCUUGUCACUGAGAUCCCUGUGACACUGGGGCCUCUCUGCUUCUUGUGACCAAUGAGGUCUGUGUGUGUGUGUGUGUGUGUGUGACUGUGUGUGUGGAUUUGUAUGUGUGUGCGCACAUAGGUGCAUGUGCCAGUAUGAAAGAGAUAUUUAGAUUCUGUAAAGAUCUCUUUCAUACACAAAGCAGGGAAAUAUAGUGUCCGUGUAUUUGAAAUUAUUUUAAUUCAUUGUUUUGUUAGAAUGAGUUUGCUCGGUUUUCUAUAUUUAUUGAAUUGUAAAAAAUUUAGAAUUAGAACGUAUUGAGUGACACAUUUUAUAAAUAGCUCUUGUGUUAUCGAAAGUUUAAAUGUUUAUGUUACAAGUCAACUGCCUCCAGAUGGGAGACUGACAAGUCCAUCAAAAUAAAAUAA